UCUUGCUUGUUGGUUUGAAGGUGGCCCUACGGGCCUUUACCUCCGAUGGAUAAGAUAGAAAAUUGGCAUGAAAAGGACCAAGCGAUUACGGUCUCUGAGGGCAACGGGUUCCUAUAUAAUCUUGCACUUCGCGCGAAGGUCGAUUCCAGUCCAAAUGAUAUCUACAGUAUUCUCACAGACCCCAACACCGUCUCGAUCUUCCGAUCAAUCAAGGAGUGUACCUACCGACGUGUUGUGGAGGACGAUGGGCAGGGGCAGCGGCGGCUGGAGAUAGGGCACCGAGCGGUGGCGCGAUUCCUCUUCAUCAGCAUCUCAUUCGAGACGCACCUGCAUGUGUGGGAGAAUGACGUGGAGAAGACGAUCAAGUUCCAAUUGGCUGGACCGGGCCUCAUGCAAAAGUUCGACGGCUGCUGGCGCAUCAAGCCCUUCACGCAAGAGACCCUGGACGACAUCUACCACCCGGAGAGGCUGCAGAGCAGCAGUCCCCGCAACCACCAUCACAACCACAACCACCACCAUCACAACCGCAAUCACCAGCAGCACAACGGCUUUGGCCUGUUCAACGCCGCGAGCCUGCUGGGCUUCCUACACCACCACCGGCCUCCCGAGGCGCGUGAGUCGCUGGUGACGCUCGAGCAGAGCAUCCUGCCCCGCGGCCCCACCCCGCCCGGUCUGAAGGGGCUGGUGCGGGGGCUGUGUGCGCACCAGCUGCGGUGCAUGAUGGAGGACCUGCGCCGGGAGCUGGACCGACGCAAGCAGCAGCAGCAGCAACAGCAGGAGGGCUCGGCCCUGACAGCUGCUGCUACAGCAGGCACCGGCGACAGCACAGCACCCGCAGCGGCGGCUGUGUCGGGCUCCUCCAAGGGGCAGCAUCUUGGGUCUCUGGCGGCGGCACCGGCUGCUGCAUGCAUGGCACUGGCGGGCGGCGGCUCGCUGUGGGCCGCAGUGGCACCGCUCUGUACCAUCAGUGUACGGCUGUGAUGCGGUCAAAGAUGGGGAGAUGGGGGGACAAUAAAUGAGGAG